AUGUCGCCGUGCGGGCUGAAGAAGCCCAUUCUGGCGCUCAACCGGAUGCUCGGACAUGCCUCGGCUAGGAACCACUUCACUAAACCACGCAUUGGCAACAUUACCGCCCUCGACCAUGACACCCGCCACGAGAAGCAGGUGAGGAAGGCGCAGGAACACCUCGCCAAGGAGGACGAGCGUAAAUUCGAACGACGGUCCUUCCAUCAGCGGCGACAAGAGGAGGAGGAGCGAGCGCACCAGAUCGACCCGCCUGAGAUUGCAGCCCGGUACGGCACCAAGACAGGUGACGCGCUCAUAAAGACCGAGUCGAUCCAGAAGCUGGCCGCCGACCCCGCCAACGUUGGCAGGUCGGUCAGCUUCAUCGCCCGCAUCCACCAUGUGCGCUGCAUGAGCUCCAAGCUGGCCUUCAUCAUCUUCCGCGACCAGGUCGAGCUGAUCCAAGGCGUCCUAGCAUAUCGAGAGGGCGAGAUUUCAGAGAACUUUGUGCGCUGGGCCGAGCAUCUGACCAGCGAAGGCCUUGUUCACGUUCAGGGGACCCUGAAGCGGCCGCCGGAGAAGAUUAAGGGCUGCUCGAUUCAGGAUUUAGAGGUCGUGAUCGAUUCGAUGCACUCUGUCGUACCAGUGCAGGAGCACCUUCCCGUCGACCCCUUCACGAUGGACCGUGUCGAGGAAGACGCGGAGUCGCACCAGGCAGAGGCAAUGGCGUCGACAAGAGUUCGCGUCUCUAACCGCAUUGCUUACCUGCGGACGCCGACCGCCCAGUCCAUCUUCCGCAUCAACUCUACCGUGUGCAGCAUCUUCCGCUCUGUUCUAGAGGCCAACGGCUUCAUCGAGAUUCACACCCCCAAGCUGAUGCCGGGAGCUACUGAGUCAGGCGCCGAGGUCUUCAGAGUUAACUACUUUGGGCGGACGGCAUUUCUCGCCCAGAGCCCGCAGCUGUCCAAGCAAAUGAGCAUAUCAGCCGACUUUGGCCGCGUAUUCGAAAUCGGCCCCGUCUUCCGGGCCGAGGACAGUAAUACUCACCGCCAUCUGACCGAAUAUACUGGCCUGGAUUUGGAGAUGGCCAUCAACAGCGACUAUCACGAAGCCUUGCAUUUGAUCGAUGAUCUGAUGAAGAGCAUUUUCAAAGGAAUAUACACUCGCUGCCGAAGAGAGAUCGACAUCAUCAAGACACGGUUCCCUCACGAGGACCUCGUCUGGUUGGAAGAGACGCCCAUCUUGACUUUCAAGGAGGCUGUUGAGCUCUUGAACUCGUCGGGCUGGACCGACGACCACGGCCGCAAGGCAUCCGAGACGGAGGAUCUGAGCACGCGCGCCGAAAUUCGGAUCGGUGAGCUGGUCAAGGAGAAGUACAAGACGGACUACUACAUCAUCGACAAGUUCCCCGCGUCCGCCCGGCCUUUCUACACACACCUCGAUGCCGAAGAUCCCAGGUUUACCAACUCGUUUGACAUCUUCCUCCGUGGGCAGGAAAUCACGACGGGCGGCCAGCGUAUCCACAAGCCUGACGUUUUGAAGGAGCGGAUGAAGAAGGCCGGCGUCGAACCAAGUGGUGUGGAAGAGUACCUACAAGGUUUCGAGUUUGGGGUGCUCCCACACGCCGGAUGUGGAAUCGGGCUGGAGAGGCUGCUGUACCUGCUGCUGAAAUUGGGCGACAUCCGCAACGCGUCACUCUAUCCCCGCGAUACCAAGUCCCUGCAAGAGCACAAGAAGACCACCGUGCAGUUGCCCCAUCCCGAGGCGGACACCAUCCGCUAUGCUUACGACUAUGAACAUGGCCGCCCCAAUCUCAAAAUGCCGCCGGUGGAGAAGCUGAUCGCCAACUAUGGCGACGCUACCAACACUUCUUGGCUCGAUGACCGCUACAAGGUCUGGCGGCAUGAGGCCACGGGUGCUGCGAUUGGGUACGCGGAGGAAAAUGGUUACGCGCUCGUCAUGGGCAAUCCCCUUUGUGACCCGCACCAGUACCAGCCCGUGAUUCGAGCCUUCCUCAAGCACAUGCGGAAACACAAGGACCUCCGGCCUAUCUGGCUUCUCGUUGGCCCGAAAGUGGAGGAGAUUCUCGGCUCCAAGCUGGGCUGGCGAACCCUCAGCUGCGUGGCAGAGGAGCGUGUACCCAUCGAGUCGGCCAAGAAGGUGGCCAAAAAGGAGCGCCAGGCCGAGGACGCUGGCAUAACGAUCCACGAGCAGCCCAUGGACGAGCCCGUGCCGCAAGAGUUCCGAGACCGCUGCGACAAGAAGAUCGAGGAGUGGAAGGCCAACCGCAAGGGCAGCAAGCAGGUGCACAUCACCGAAGUCCGCCCUUGGGUCGACAUGGAACACCGCCGGUACCUCUGGGCCGAGACCAAGGAAGGCGAGAUUGCCGCUCUGUGCGUGCUGCACCGACUGUCGCCAGCCAACGGCUACCAGAUCAAGUUUGCGCUCGACUUCCCCGGCUCGCCUAGUGGCACCAUUGAGGCGCUCAUUUCGGCCGCUAUCCAGGCGCUUGCCAAGUCCGGGGUCCGGAACGUCACCUUCGGCACGGGCGCCCUUCCCGAGAUGGUGACGGGUGGCAACCUCGACGGAAUUAGGGCGCGCAUCUUGUCCAAGACGUACAAGACGAUCGCGCAGCAGCUGAAGCUCGUGCAGAAGAGCGAGUUCCGGGAGAAGUUUGGGACCACCAACGAUUUGGUCUAUAUCUGCUACCCAUUCAUGGGACUUGGUGUGAGCGGCGCCCGGACGCUAAUCAAGUUCUUCGAAGAUGAGAUGUAGUUCCGAAGCUGGGACUUGCUGGCAAACUGCCGCGAAUUCCUCCUCCCCUGCGUGCCUCGCUUCAUCAGUGUUUGGAGCAGCGGGGCUGUCAUUGGCCAUGUUACAAGGCUUGCUUGACUGUGUUCUCUAUUUCGUUGUUUACAAUCCCGUCGAUACCCUCACUCGUUUUUGUUGCUCUCUUUAAUGAUUUCUGUUAUGACGUGUCCGGGAAUGAUAAAUAGAGGAGCCGCUUGGUUGUGGCAACGGGUUUGUCAAGCUCAACACCAGAAUCAACCCAAGCAUUGACGCAUGAUUUGGUUACUACAAGUAGAUAGAUGAUGAGGUAGAUGCAUUUAUGUACCUAUGUGCGCGAUACCCGGGGAGGAGUGGUCUGUUUU